AUGAAUUCCACCGAUUUCAAAAAAAGAACUCCAUUGGGAAUUUUCAAACUUCUCAAAUAUCAUGCACCCGCAGUUACUGUCCCCUUAUUGUUACUUCAUUUCAUUGUAAUUCCAUGUUAUGUGUAUGUUAACAAAGUCAACCGAAAAAGAGAUGAAAAGAUGGCCAUUUUUCCAAUCACGAAUCGUUUUUAUUCAAUGACGAAAGUUACGUCUCUGAUACUACUGUGUUUCUGGUUUUGUAUAUUUCAUAUAGUUGUUAUAAACGGAGAUACACCAGAACAUGUUCGACCGGGUACUUUCGCUAGUUCCUUCUAUGCACUUCAUUUAAGCAAUCAAAUGUUUCACCUUCUGAUACCUUUUCUUGCCAUCGAGCGGUUUCUUAUUUAUUUUCUUCCAACGAUAGAAAAACGUAUCAUUUCACUGCAAAAUUAUGUAAACAAAAAAAUCUAUUUUGUCUAUCUUGCAUUUUUUUAUUAAAGGUGGAGUUUGGAAAAUGGAGAUUUCACGUGGUGUCAGGCUGUCCCAUCGCCUCACUGCACGCGAUCGAUUAUAUAUUUUUCCAUGCAAAUUCUUGUAUUUAUAUCCGCGUUGCUUUAUAUUCCAAUUAUAAUAAGUGUUCGAAAGCUCUCUCAUUUAACAUCAGCACAAGUGAAUCACCCACAACGAUACAUUUUCUGGCAGACAAUGGUAGUAGCCAUAUUCAAAACAGUCACUCUCCCAAUGAUUGUUUCUCAAUUAAUGGACUUCCGUGACGUAUUUGAUAAUGGAAUACACCAAUUAGUUAUGGAAAUGAAUACAAUCCCUUUGUUAAUAACAACUGCAUAUUUGGGAUGUAACAAGCGAAAUAUGACAGUUUUGUUCUCUUCAUUCAAGCUCAAACACUUUCUAAGAAUUAUUUUUGGGCGAGAGAACGCGGCUGUUGAACCCCAACAGUAUGUUGCAAGCAUUCAUUCAACUUUGUAA